AUGGAGGACUCGAUUUGCUUACAGGUACAAGGAAUCUUUCUACGGCUACUUGCUACUGAAGUCGAUCCAAGACUGCGGUCUCAAUUGGAUGCUACAGUUCUUCAAUGGAUUUAUGGGACAAUUUCUGUUGAUCUUCUCAAUACUAUUUUGGAAACGGAUUCCACUGCUCAAAAUGCUUGGGAUCGUCUGAAAGGUAUUUUCCAAGACAAUAAGAAUUCUCGUGCGUUAUAUUUGGAAAACCAAUUUUCUCAUGUUCUGUUGGACGAUUUUCCAAAUAUUUCUGCUUAUUGUCAAGAGCUCAAAAUGCUCUCCGAUCAGCUUUCAAAUGUUGGUGCCCCUGUUUCAAACCAACGCCUUGUUCUUCAAUUGAUUGCUGGAUUAAAUGAGGCUUAUGAUGGUGUAGCAUAUUGA